UCACGUCGUUGGAGCGCUGCUUGUUCCUGUUGUGGUCGGAAUAGAUGGUGCACAUGACAUGUGCCUCUGAAACAGGUUAUUACUUACCUCUGAUGUGCGCGAUGUAUUGUUGAAUACAUAUUUGAAAGGUUGCGUCUUUGCGUAAAAAGAUGGUGUUUUACUUUAUAAGCGCCGUUGUCUCGCCGCCCUAUACCAUCUAUAUGGGCAAAGAUAAACAUGAAAAUGAAGAUCUUAUAAAAUAUGGAUGGCCUGAAGAUAUCUGGUUCCAUGUGGACAAGCUCUCAUCUGCCCAUGUUUAUCUAAGAAUGCCCAAGGGUACAAUGAUAGAAGAGAUACCAAAAGAAGUCCUGGUUGACUGUACCCAGCUGGUCAAAAACAACAGCAUUCAAGGUUGCAAAAUGAACAAUGUUAAUGUUGUCUACACACCGUGGGGCAAUCUCAAAAAAACAGCAGACAUGGAUGUCGGGCAGAUAGGCUUCCAUCGGCAGAAGGAGGUGAAAAUUGUGGCAGUAGAAAAGAAAAUCAACGAAAUCAUCAACAGACUAGAGAAAACAAAAGAGGAGCGCUAUCCUGAUCUUGCUGCUGAGAAGGAGUCCCGGGACAGAGAGGAAAGAAGCGAGAAGAAGACACAAUUACAAGAGCAGAAGAAAAAGGAGAAGGAAGAAAUGAAGAAUAAAAAAGAGACGGACGAAUUAAGGAAUUAUUCAUCACUCAUGAAGAGUGACAACAUGACCACAAAUGAGGGUGGCAAUGAUUCGGAUGACUUCAUGUAAAGUAAAGGAAUGAAUCUGCGAUUAAUAAGAACCGACAUCUUCCCCCACAAUAUCUUAUUUGUCAAAAGAAGGGACGCGUGCACUAGAGACAGCAGAAAUCAGCCAUCAAUAAGAAACAGUACUUGUGCCAGGACCGUUCUAGAGCAGUUGUUUUUGUCAUUCCUUUGAAAAUACAAAUGCAAUAUGUAAAGUAUGUAAAAAUGAAAUGACAUGAUUGAGUAGAUUGCUCAUUUAAACAAGAAUUUCAAGAUCUCCGCUGAUUCUGUGUUUUAAACAGUUAUGUUGUUGAUGUUUUUGGAUGAAUUAAAGAUACUCGCUGUGGAGAUAUGUUAAUGGAUGUAAGACAUUUAGGGUAUUUGUGCUUGUAAAUGAUAAACCUUUUUGGAGUGAUACCAUUGAAUGACAAAUGCCUAAACUUUUUUGAUGUCCUAAACUAAAUA